GGAUAAUCUAUUUCUGAUUUGAAAACAGCCGGGAAGACGGAAGUUGCUUUUAUGGAACUUUUGAAUGAUAAAACCUAUAAGUAAAAUUUGGGUAUACUAAAACAAUAGGUGACAAUGGAUACAAAGUUGACUUUCCUUGCAGCUUUUGAUGACUUAAUGAGGAAUGCCAAGGUUCUUCAAGUUGGAAUUGAGCCAGAAUUUAGAAGAUUUGUUGGAAAUCAACAAGAAUGUCAAAGAAAAUGGAGAGAUGCUGAGGUGGAGCUGGACAGAAUAAAGGAAAAAGUUAAAGCAUUAGAGGAAGAAAACAGUUUAUUAAAAACCAAGCUUAGACAUGCACAUGUCCAGAUUGAAAGAGAAGCUGACGAAAGGAGGAGGAUUGAACAUAAUAAAUUGGAAUUGGACCAGCAGAUUGGAUUGGUAAGGGAAUUGUUGUGUGAUAAAAAUAGUAAAAGUAUGUUGCACGACCAUGACAGAGAGAGACUUGCUUUCCUUAAUACCUUUACACAACAGAAAUCAAGGCUAGACACAUCACCUUCUAGAAGAUUAAAUACAAUAAAUGAGUCAACACAUUCUAUUCUGUCUGACUCUGAUUAUGACAAGACAGAAGAUGAUUUACAAACAACAUAUCUCCGUAGUGGUCGAAAGUACAAACGGCCGUCAGCACCACCUAUGGAGGAAGCUGAACCAAAAAGACGAAGAAGUGAUGAAGAGAAAGAAAGUUCUCUGAUCACAACAACAACAGUGACACUAGAUGCAGUAGGUAAACCAAUAGCUGCCACAACAAAUGUUACUUCAGGUCCUCAAAGGAAACUAAACAAAAGUUUUAGUGAACCAGCUCUUGACAAGUAUGGUUCCCCAACAACAAGAAUGGCAGAUAGUGAACCUGAAUCCGAUGAUUCUUGUUAUGCUACACCUGGCAACAGGAAUAACAACAGACGCAAAUCUAGAAGUAGAAGAACAACAUCAACAGCAGACACUCCUGGAAUGAGAAAAGCUCUAUCUGCCAGUAAAGGUCUAAAUAGAGUACAUUUCUUCAUAUCAAAAACAGUCAUUAAACCAGAGACCUGUACACCAUGUGGUAAAAGAAUAGGGUUUGGAAGAAUGGCAAUGAAGUGUAAAGACUGUAGAGCUUCAUGUCAUCCUGAUUGUAAAGACAGCUUACCACUUCCUUGUAUACCUACAGCACCUAGUACACCUGGUGGUACGAAAUUAAGUGGAGGAUUAUUAUCUGACUACACACCAUUAGAUCCACCAUAUAUUCCAGGAAUAGUCGUACACUGUGUUAAUGAAGUAGAAGCUAGAGGCCUGAAUGAAAUUGGUUUAUACAGAGUGCCUGGAUCUGACAGUCAAGUUAAAGAAUUAAAGAAAGAUUUCUUCAAAGGAAAGGGUAUUCCAAAUCUGUCGCAUAUAGAUGAUAUACAUGUAAUAUGUGGUUGCAUCAAAGAUUUUCUUCGAGGAUUAAAAGAACCUCUAGUCACAUAUGGUCUAUGGAAGGACUUUGUACAUGCAGCAGAGAACAGAGAUAAAUGUAUGGGUGAAUCAGAGGUCUACCAAGCCAUCAGUAAAUUGCCAACACCAAACAGAGACACACUAGCAUUCCUUAUACUACAUCUGAUACGGGUAUCUGAGUGUAAAGAGUGUAAGAUGCCUUCCACUAACCUUGCUAAAGUGUUUGGGCCAACAGUCAUAGGAUAUUCAGUACCAGAUCCUGAACCUUUACAGAUGAUUAAUGAAACAAAAUACCAAGCAAUGGUGAUGGACAAGUUUUUUGAGAUUCCAGAGAGUUACUGGGAGAAGUUCCUGAACAUUGAUGAAGAAAAUUUAUAUCCAAAUACAUACAAUACUCCAAAGACACCAGAUGUUCCAAAGAGCUAUCUAGGGCCAAUUCAUACACCAGAGACAUAUGAGAAUAAGAGUAAGACCUGGGGAAAGAAUGGAAUGACUCCACGCAGUGGAUCAAGCAAAUUUAACACAUUUGGCUCACCUAGAAAGGGCAAAAAAUCCAAACUUAUGCCACCUCUAGUUCCAUUCAGACGGUCUAUAAGUGAGACAGCUAUUUGAGAUAAUUCUCUAUUAUAUCAGAUUUGGUAACAAAAGUAGACAAGUGAACAAAAAGCCUAGCCAUUUCUUCUCCUCACCUAUGCUGAAUUAGUGUACCCAUAUCACCAUGUUACAGUCAAUAAUCAUGAUACUGAUUACGUCUAUGGCAAUGUACUUAUAUACCAACAAUUUUACAUCUCAUUACUGGAUUAACUAAAUUGUGUAUUGUAUAUAUUUUUGUGUGUACAAUAUGUUAUUUUACAAUAUGUUUUUGUAGACAUUUUUGAAAAUGAUAAUUGAUAAUAGCACAGUAAAUAUGUGACUACUUAUUCUUGCUUGAUUUUCAUAUAUUGAGGUAGUAAAAAGACUUGAUUCAAGCUACUAUGGCACUGAAUUAUGUGGUAUUUAACAAAUUUUUGAAUUCCUAGGGUAAAAUUUAUAUUGAUUUAGAAGUUAAACACAGUACAUAAGUUUACUUGAUGUUAUCUCUACAUACACUGUCUGAUUUCUCCCUUUUAUUCAUGUUAAAUGAAAUCCUUUCUACCUCAAAUUUAGAUUGUAUAUUGAUCAGGUCUCCUAUGGUAAAACUAAACUUUUUUAUCUUAAAAGUUAAUGAAUUUAUUGAUUAACCAACUUUCAGACAUGUAUUAUAUUAAAUUGAUCCUUUUUCUACCAUUUUACAUUUUUAAAAAGAUUUUAGAUUGGUAAUAUAUUGACAAGAAUAAAUAUAUAUAUAUAUAUAUAUACACUUUUGACUAAAAAGCAUGCUUAUGUACAUUACUUUCUUUCGCACUAUGAGAUCUAAAUAUUCAUUGGAUGUGACUGUGUAAAUAACCAUAAGUUUUCAUUCUUCAUUACUCACACUGGUGCUAUAUCCAUGGUAUGUACAUAGGUCCAAUUGUACAUACGGUCUGUAGAAAGUGUAAAUAUGUGUUGUCAAUGGUGUUAAUAUUUUUUUAAGAUAUUCAAAACUAUAUGUACAUGUAGGUUUGUGUUUUAUGUUAUUUUUAAUGUUUUAUUGAAUAAGUCUUUCAUUUAUUUGGGAUGAAAUUAACAAUCAAUAUUAAAAAAGAAAUAAGGUAAAAAUUAGUAGUAGUGAAGAAAAACUUCGACAAUGGAUCAGAUGUCCAUCGAAAAAUGAAGUAGUAAAGUAGAUAAAAUACAACACUCUUAUACUGAUGAUAGGAAUUAGAGAAACACCUAUUGUUACCUGUUAGGAUAAAAUGUAUUGUGUUGAAAUGUUUAGCUAUGAGAUUGAUAUGGACUGAAAAGGUUUGUUUAACUUAUAACUUGAUUAACAUAACAGACAUGUAAGCAAUGGUCAUUGCUUUGCAUGAGGUAUGGACAAAGUGGUUUUAGGACUCAGAGCUAAUAAAAGUUGACAGGUUUUUUUUUUUUUAAUAUUAUUCUGUUUCAUUUGUUUAUUUUAAGGUACAAUGUUGUAUCAGUGACUAAUUCAGUUCUAAAGAACAGUUAACCCCUUUCUGUGCCUUAGAACAUAAUAGAAGUAAAAUAUUUUAAAAUUCAGAUUUCAGACCCAUGACAUUAAGCAAACAACAAUCAAUCAAUCUGAUCCAUGGCCAAAGCAACUGAGCCAUGAAUGUGUGAUGAAAAAUAUAAUAAAUGCGCUGUUAUUUCAACUACCGGAACAUAAAAUAAUUUCAGGAAAAAUUCUGCAAAACUUAGUAAGUGUAAUACCAAAAAGCACUUUAAAACUAAAUUUUGAAUAGCUAGUAAAAUUGACAAUGAAAAACUAUGUAUGUUUUAUGAAUAUCCUUCUGAUACAUUGUAAUUCCUACAUUUGAUAUUUUUAUUAGUUAUAUUUAGUACUUUUUAUCUUUUAGUUGUUAUCCUUAUUUUUCAGUUUCUUUUAUUUGAACCUAUACAAAUAUAUCUGAAUAGAACUUUUAAGAUGGUA